AUGGCUUUGUCGGAUCAUGAUGCCCAACGCAGGGAUAGUAUGAUGACUCAAUUGCAGGAACUCUUUGCCCCACCAACUGCCGAGUCAUUAGGCAAGAAAGGGUUGGUCGGAAUCCCCUCAGCUCGGAGAUCUAAAAAACACGAGGUAGUGCACACAAAUGAAGUCUCUGCAUCAUCUGUAGCCCGGAUUUCCUGUAAGGAUGAUCCGAUUUGGCGCAAGCCGCGGCCCAAUUGCCACGACUAUUGCGAUAGCUGCAAUUGCUCUGAGGGUGAUCGACUUGUUUGUGAUCGCUGUCCUGCCAGUUUCCACCUAGAGUGCCUGGAUCCCCCUUUGGAUUCACACGAAGCACCUACAGGACUUUGGUACUGCCAUCGCUGCACUAUGCUCUCCAGGGAUGAGGAAGAGAGCAGCUCCUCAUCGAGUUGCCAGAGCAGUGGUGUGGCUUCGAGUGGAGGUGCCUCCUCUGGUCGAGCUACCAUAAAGCAGGCGGAGGACGCAAACGGGAUCGCGCAGCGUCGUUCGGCCGCGGCGGUACCUCGCACAGUUCUCACUGGGCCCUCGGGUCGUACGAACGCUACUGCCGCCGAAGUGGUCGGCUGGCUCACCACCGGUCGGCGUACCGCUGCUCUCAAAUCCUCGCCCCUCUCUCUUCUCUGGGAUGUCCUCAAAUAUGCUCGCUUUCUCAAUCCCAAAGAGUUUGAACUACCUAAGGACUUGAUGCCUGGAAUCAAAAUACCAGGUUCGUACAAAACCUUGGCUGAGCGCAAAGCGAAUCCCAUAAUUGAACUGGAAAACGGUCAGAUUCCGAGACCUAUUCGACGAUGUUACAACUGUGCCAGAACCUGUUUCCAUGCUCCUCUUCUUCCUUGUGACUACUGCACGGCAUGCUUUCACCUGGAGUGUCUAGACCCCCCAUUGGCUCAGUUCCCACCACGUUCCGAUCGGUGGAUGUGUCCAGUUCAUGCGGAGCACACGGUCGACAAGUGUCUGGUCCGGUCGAUCCGUCUCUCGGAGCGCAUUCGCGCAUGGAACCAGCUGACAGUGUUCAAUCCCAACCUUUCGCUCAAGGCAUCUGCAAAGAAAACUGAUGAUGUCUUCGACGGAGCUUCCCACACCAUCCAAUACGGACCCGAAGACGAACGGGCUGUACUCUCCGCCUUCCUCCACAACGUCCGCCGCCGACGUCUCGAGGCCUACGCCGCUCAAGAGAUCAUCGGCACCCUAAGCCCCAAAUUGUCUGCACUCCGCUCCCUCUCUCCCGCGCCCAUUGUAUUUAUUCGUAGUUUACUUGAAUUUUACCUUCGAGAAUCCGCUCAACCAUGCGCUAAGACGAGUUUGGAUAGGGGGACUGGUUUGAAGACCUGCGAUAGCUCAGUAGCGAGUUCUCUCACACCACUCUCCACUGCCUCCCACCCUCCGGUCGAUGAGGCUCAAGAGACGAACGUAUCUCUUGCUGAUAAGAUCAAGGGCGUACUCAGUGAACUCGACAGCGGCGUCUCCAUAAAAGCGGGUGAGGUGCCUGCCAAACUGAUGGAGUGUGAGUGCCAUCUCUCCUCAGCUCUCUUGAAUCGUCCUGUCAGCCCGAGGCGGUUCGGAGACGUCCCAGAUGUCGCCAGACCUAUCCCUUGCUUGCCUGGUCGUGCUGUUCUCAUCGCCUGUGGGGGCACCACCGGCCCCUCUGUGCCUAUGUCCUACCGUCAACUCGUCAUAGGCUCAGCACCGGAUUGUCACCUAUGUUUGGCAAACUAUCAGUCCUCCAAUAAAGUGCAAUGUCCCAACGUCUCGCCACUUCACGCCACCAUAUUUUACGAUGAGUGGAGUCGUCAAUUUGAGUUGCUCAACUACAGUGAGUUCGGCAGUCGCGUCGACUCUAUUCCUUUCGAAAAUGACAUCAGCGAUAAAGCUGCCUACCGAUGCGAGACUUCAGGCCUCGUAAAGCAUGUGCGCAAUAUAGUUGAAGCAGGUAAAAAUGGUAGCUCAAGCUCACGUAACCUUUUAAGGAUGAUCGCAAGAAAUCGUCCUGACUACAAUCACUCCUGCAUUGGUCAGGAAAAGGACGCUACCGGCGCCGGCUGGGAGGGCUCGGCGAUUCUGCAUCACGGCUCUGUGCUUCAAUUCGGCUGUUAUUCUUUCACCUUCAGCCUAGUUGAUUGGCUCAAACCGCCCUCAGAGGAUGACGGUGCCGACAACACUGGCCAUAACAUUCCUGUCGUGGUUGAGCAUGGCGGUGAUGGCAAAGACACCGAUGUUCUAAUGAGGGAGGCGGAUAAAAUGCACUAA